UGUGUGCAUGAGGGAAAGAGGGAGAAAACCAUCUCCUUGAUUAGACGGGCUGCUACCGAGACUGCGUUGCAGUGCGCUGUGGAGCCACAAGGGCUGGAACGAAGGAAACGGGAAUCUGAUCCGCGCUACAAGACAUGCGACCGACCAUCAUCCUCAAAACACAGCGCACAGAUAGGCUAUUUUUGCGUGGUUCAUUUCACAGGAAAAUAUGAACACUUAACUUCACUCGGCGACAUUAUUUACGAAACCACAGUAAGGAAAAUAACCCGUACCAAAUCUCCCCCUUCCGAUGACUGCAUAGGCCCUGGCAGGGGAAUGAGAAGGCACCAAGAUGGUGCGCAUCGCGAACGCCCUGGGUCUGGUCAUCCUCAGCGUCGCUCUGCUCAUCCUCUCCCUCAUCAGUUAUGUGUCGCUGCGCAAAGACAGCUUCCUCAGCUCCUCCAAGUACGACAUGGGGGGUCCGAGGAUCAUGUUCCACGCGGGGUUCAGGUCUCAGUUUGCCAUGAAUUUCCUGGACCCAUCCUUCAUCCCCUUGACGAACGCACUUAACGAAGAGCUGCAAGGAAAACCCUCUAAGUGGAAAUUCAACAGGACUGCUUUUUAUCUACAAAGGAAAGAGAUCUUCCACUUCAUCGACAUCGCAAACAACUUUUCCCUCACCAAGAAUGGCGUCCGCGUGGGUCAGUUGAUGCACUUCGACUACUCCAGCAACAAGUAUGUGUUCUCCAUCAGCAACAACUUCAAGUCCCUGCUGCCCGACAUGUCUCCCAUCUACAACAAGCACUACAACGUGUGCGCCGUGGUUGGCAACAGCGGGAUUCUCACUGGCAGCCGCUGCGGCAAUGAGAUCGAUCAGGCCGACUUUGUGUUCCGCUGUAACUUUGCGCCCACAGAGGUGUAUUACAAGGACGUAGGCAGGAAGACCAACAUGACCACUUUCAACCCCAGCAUCCUGGAGCGCUACUACAACAACCUGCUCACCAUCCAGGACAGGAACAACUUCUUCCUCAACGUCAAGAAGCUGGAGGGGGCCAUCCUGUGGAUCCCGGCCUUCUUCCUCCACACCUCGGCCACGGUGACCCGCACCCUGGUGGACUUCUUUGUGGAGCACAAGGGCCAACUGAAGAUAGAGCUGGCCUGGCCCGGCAACAUCAUGCAGGACGUCAACAAAUACUGGAAGACCAAGAACCUGUCCCCGAAGCGUCUUAGCACUGGUAUCCUCAUGUACACGCUGGCCUCUGCCAUGUGCGAGGAGAUCCACCUCUACGGCUUCUGGCCUUUCGGCUGGGACCCCAACACGGGCAAGGACCUCCCCUACCACUACUAUGACAAGAAGGGCACAAAGUUCACCACCAAGUGGCAGGAGACCCACCAGCUGCCCAGCGAGUUCAGACUGCUGUACAAGAUGCAUGGGGAGGGUGUGACCAAGCUCAGCCUCUCGCACUGUGCCUAAACUUCAGAGUGAGAGUCUCCUACCUUCCCCUCCCACAACACCUCCACACCUUUCCAACCCGAGCGGAGGGCGAAAAGGCUGUGACCCAGAUACAUCUCCUCCCCGCCCCACAUUUGCUAUGGCGCAUAUAUCAAACAUUGCAUGAUGGGCACUGAGACAUUUCAACUGACAGUCCUCUUCUAUCCUCCUCCACGACAACACAUGUAUGUCGCCCCUAGCGGCACGUGACGGUAUCGACACUUCUCAAACAAAGAUGUCAAGGUUACUCGGGGGCUUGUUUUUAGACCACACAGGUUAGCCACAUGCAGCUCAGUCCGUCACUCCUCUGGCGUAUAGCGGCGUAGCCGGAACUAAAACUGUUCCAACAAUCACAGGCCAGCUCCAAUUAAUUCCACAUGCUAUUUAAUUAUAGAGCAUCUGACCUCUGCUUUGAAACAAAGGACGGGCUAUUGAUUUUGGAACGUGCUUUAAACUUUAUAGAAGGCCUUUAACAGAGGAAUACGCCGACUCUAUGCCCUCUAAGCACUGCCUAAUCUCAGGGAUGGAGUUAGAUCAGUGAUCCUUUCCUUUUCUUUCUUCCGUUCUAUUCUACUAUUCUAUGUCUUCACAGUGGGAAAUAAUGUUUUUAUUAACUUAGGCCCACUGGAAAAGACAAAAAUUCAAGAAAUGUAGGGGGGCACAGAUAUGGAGUAUGGUGUUUGUUUACAGUGCUGUGCUCCUGCAACAAAUCAGACCUAGCGCUGUCUCCAGCUGAUUCUACGUCCUGCUACCGUUUGUUUUCCUCUACAGAAUCGAUAAAGUUUCAGAGUAAGAACCAACAUUCCAUAGAAUAAGCCAUAGGCUAACCUUGUGACGACACAGAAGAACAACAAGAGAUUAUUAUAGAGGAUUUAAGCAACAGCUGACGAUUAAGAAGCCUUGUAACACACAAUCAGGAAGUCUUUACAAUGUUUUAGGAAAAUAUUUAUAAAUUAUGACACAUACAUCAAACCUUGUCAAUCCCUUUUAUUACUUAAAUUGAAACUAUAUAUGUUGAAACAAAAUCAUAGUUAUGUAGAUUAUGUUAACAAAGGCAAAAGCUAUUAUUUUACUAUCUAUAAAUAUACUUAUAUAUCAUUCGACUUGCGAUAUUUGAACAGAGAAACCCACUGUUUUUUAUAACCCACUUGUGAAAGAGCAUGAUUCAUUUGAAUGACAUUGCAUGUGAGUGGCACUAACAUAUGUUAAAUGCUGUUUCUUUAUUCCCAUUACAACUUCUUUGUAACGUUUAUAUUCGCAUAUUGCUAAAGUCACUAAUGUUAUCAGUGACUUUAUAUCAAGGAUGUUUCAAAGACAUCUCUUCCUAUAUUUCACAGGUACCAGACCAGUAGUCUUGUUGGAGAGCGGCCCUCCCUCUGUCUUCCCAAUCACACCCAUAGUAAUAGCUGGCCACAUGAUUGACUCAUGAAUUGUGCUCUUGUGUUGAAACACAUGCUUGGGGGCGAAGUUGUGUGGUGAAGUCAUUCCUGGAGUUUUCGCCAAGUGAGCCACACGUGAUAUAGCAAUUAGCGUAUGGAAAGGACUGAAAUUAUUGUGACCAUGCAGUGUUGUUGUAACUAUACAUACAUAAAACUUUAAGGAUUCAAUCCUAAUUGAACUGCCCUAGUUGUGUGAAUUAGAGACCCUGAAUGUUCGGUCAGUACACCAAAGAGCACUUUUCUGUUCGAGCGUACAUUGGCGGUGACUUAAGAUGGUGGAGUGUUGUAGAGCAUUUGGAUUGAUUCUUUUUUUUAUCACUUAAAUUAAUAUCAGUUUUAUUUUGUUUCCCAAUUUUGGUUUUGGGAAGUACACAAUGGCAGAUGAAUGUUGGGAAAGAUUUGUGUGUUUGUAUCUAUCUUGGCUCUGCAUUAUAUAUAUAUAUAUAUAUAUAUAUAUAUAUAUAAUGAACCAAAACAUGUAUAAUCUGUGUUAAAUUUUGAGUUAUAAAUCAAAGGUAUAGGUUUAUGUGUAUUCAUUCAGAAAACAGAUCAUCUUUCUUUUUUCAUUACAAACAGGUUUCAUUCCGAUUACCCUUUAAAAUGUACGCAUGAACAAUUGUAUUCCAUAACCCCCCCAAAAAAGUAGCCAAUGUACACGUCAUAUAAAAGUCUAGAUUUAUGUAAAGGACUUAACAUCUUGUUCAUGGCAACUAACAUAAUGGUCGUUCACCUAUAAAAUACAAGACUACAACCAAGACUGAAGUGUUUAUUUUUGUCACUUUGAGAAUAUACUCCCUGAUAACACAUCUACAUGAGCCUGCAUAUCCCUGCCAGUCAUGCUACAAUGUGUCAAAUAAAAAUAGUAUUUUUCUCUAUGGUGA